GCCAUCUGUCAGUGUCCAUCAGUGCCAGCUCUCAGUGCUCAUCCAUGCCACCUGUCAGUGCCAUCAGUGCCACAUCAUCAGUGCCAAUCAGUGCCGCCAAUCAGUGCCGCAGUGCCGCCUAUCAGUGCCAGUCAGUGCCGCCUAUCAGUGUGCAUCAGUGCUGCCUAUCAAUGCCGCCUAACAGUGUCAGUCAGUGACACCUAACAGUGCCAGUCAGUGCCGCCUAUCAGUGCCACCUAUCAGUGCCAUAUAUGAGUGCGGCCUUUCAGUGCCCAUCAGUGAUGCCU